ACUUUCGUAAGAAAAAAUUUCUUAGUUUGUUAUUUGUUUGGUUUUCAUUUUCAAUACUGCUCUCAGUAACCCAUAAAGAUGAGACCCAGUUGAGGGAAUUCCAAUAGGAACCCACAUUUUUACUGAGUUUUCUUCAUUUCUUUGACUCAUCAAGCUCAUGUAGACAUAUGAAAACCACAUUGCCAAUGUUGUAGUUGGCAAGGUUCAGAAGAAUUCAAGGAAGUUUUGGAAUUUCAAGGUUUAGGCUGUGAGAGUCAGUGCAGUGUAUCACCUUGUCUGGUGGGUAGGUGGAUAACAUUUUUGACCUUAGAAUAACCACAUGUCAAUCAACUCGGCUUUAUUAUUAUUAGCAUUUAUUUUAGGUUUGAGGAUCCAAAGGUGAAGGGCAUUAUCAAGUUUAGUCUUGGUUUCUGGGCAUUUAUUAAGUAUCACUAAGUUCAAGGAGUUUUAUAAGGUUUUGAAGAAAGUUGGAGUGAGUGUGAUACCAAAAUCAAUGGUGUUGAGAUGGCCAAAAGACUACAGUGACAGUGAGGGGAUAAAGAUCAUGGAGCUCAAAGUUUUGGCUAAAGACAAAGUUGAGAAGCAUGGGAAUUUGAUUAUAAGGCCUAGAAUCAAGGUGUGGAUGGCUAGGGCCAUCACAAUUGUGGUGCUUUGGACUAGUCUUGUUCAGCUGAUUGCACUGGCAGAAUUGUUGGGACCAAGUUUCUUGAAAGGCAAGCCUUAUUGUUUCAGUACCCCAGCUGUAGGAAAGAUUUUGGCUCCAGCCAAGGUUGUGCUCCCACCCAAAAGGAUUUACAGGAAUAAUGGUUAUCUUCUGGUUUCGUGCAAUGGAGGACUCAACCAAAUGCGAGCAGCAAUAUGUGACAUGGUUGCUAUUGCCAGACACUUAAAUGUCACUCUCAUAGUUCCAGAGCUGGAUAAAGCCUCUUUCUGGGCUGAUUCAAGUGACUUCAAAGAUAUAUUUGAUGUAGAACAUUUUAUUUCCUCCUUGAGAGAUGAGGUUCGAAUAAUAAGGCAACUACCACCUAGGGUCAAGAGAAGAGUUGAACAAGGAUUAUUCUACUCAAUGCCACCCAUUAGCUGGUCCAAUAUAUCAUACUAUGAAAACCAGGUCCUUCCUCUGUUGCUGAAACACAAGGUUGUACACCUAAAUAGAACAGAUACUAGACUUGCAAAUAAUGGACUACCUACUGAGAUUCAGAACCUAAGGUGCAGAGUAAACUUCAAUGCUCUGAGGUUUACUUCUCAGAUAGAAGAACUUGGUAGAAGGAUAGUCAAGGUUUUGAGGGAAAAGGGACCUUUCCUUGCUCUUCAUCUUAGAUAUGAAAUGGACAUGUUGGCAUUCUCAGGUUGUGCUCAUGGUUGUGACAGCAAAGAGGAGGAAGAACUAACAAGAAUGAGAUAUGCAUAUCCUGGAUGGAAGGAAAAAGUUAUUAAUUCUGAGGUUAAGAGGAAAGAUGGUUUCUGCCCUUUAACUCCUGAGGAAACAACCCUACUAUUGACAGCACUCGGUAUAGAUCACAAUGUUCAAAUUUAUAUUGCUGCUGGAGAAAUAUAUGGUGGAGAGAAAAGGAUGGCAAGUUUACUAGGGGAGUUUCCUAAUCUGGUAAGGAAAGAAACUCUACUGGAACCUUCAGAAUUGAUGUAUUUCCAAAAUCAUUCCUCACAAAUGGCUGCAGUGGAUUAUCUUGUCUCCCUAGAGAGUGAUAUUUUUAUUCCAACAUAUGAUGGGAACAUGGCCAAAGUUGUGGAAGGCCAUCGCAGAUUUCUAGGAUUCAAGAAAACUAUACUACUGGAUAGAAGGCUUCUGGUAGAGCUGAUGGACCAAUACUCUAAUGGGUUGUUGAGUUGGGAUGAGUUUUCCACUGCUAUGAAGGAAGCUCAUGCCUAUCGUAUGGGAAGCCCCAAAAGAAGAGUUACCAUUCCAGACAAACCCAAAGAAGAAGACUACUUUUAUGCAAACCCUCAGGAAUGUUUGCAAUUGCUAGAUGAACCAUUCAAAAGCACAUAAUCUUGGCUAGACACACCUGCCUCUGAUUUAGUCACACUUCUAAAUCACAAGGCAAAGUUAAUUGUUGUUGUUUACUUUAUUUUUGUAC